AUGAAACGAUCCGUUGAACAAUUAAAACAUAUCGAUCAUCUAUCUCGACAAGUACGUCAUCAUCGAAUACAUUUAAAUCAAAUGUAUGAUCAAAAAUUAUCUCAGGAAUUACAUACGCUAACUAAACAAUAUGCACAAACUCUUAAAUAUUCUAAAAAAGAACAUAAACUUGAACGACGACGUAAAGAAGUAUUUGAUGUUACUAUUCGACAAAUUGCUCAUGAACGACAACAUCAAUCAUUAUCUACAAAUAUAAUACAAAAUGAACAAAAACUUCCAAAAAUUACUAAUCAAAUAAAUGGACAUAGAGAUGAACUUUUAGAAAAUUGUUCAUCAUCAAAUAAUAUAUUUUCAUCCGAUAGUUCCUGUCAGCUUUUUUCACAAGACUGUCAAUUAUAUCCAUGUCAACCAGUCUAUCAUUACACUAGUUUUAUGACAAAAGAUCAUGAUCAAACAUUACGAAAACGAAAAUUGUCCAUUGCAGAUAUUGAUCUUAAUUUAUCUCCUAUUCAACAGUUAUUUACAAAAAUUGAACAAAAAAAAUAUCAUCAAAAUCGUCGACAAUUAGCAGCAACAGUUAAAAAUCAAAAUUAUCUUGCAAAUCGAUAUGUAUAUAUAGGAAAUACAAAGGCACGUCUUGAUGAACAAAGUCGUUUAUUACAUGAACGAUUAACUGAUAGAAGAACUUUUGGUUAUGAUAAAGAACAGCAGAAAGAAUUACGACAAUCGAUAAAACGUCAUUUAGAAAUUUCUGCAAAAUUUUUGGGAUAA